AUGAGGGUUGUGGUCCUGUGGGGCCUGCUGCCCCUGCUGUGUCAAUACACGCUGGUUAGCGGUCACAUUUUGGGAAGAACUUCUUCACUUGAUGACUUGACUCAGCUCAAGUCUUUGCUAGAACGCUUUGAGGAGACUCUGUCCGAAGUAGCCCAGGAAGACACCUCUGACACGGACUAUGCAACGGCUAACCAAGAACCAGAGCGCAGCCAAACCAACCGAGCAUGGAACCCAGAGCAGGACAGAGAGCAGGAACCAGUGACACUGGACCGAUCCCAGCCACUCUCCGAAGCCCAGAGCAGGGCUAUGAGUCAGAGGAGCCGUCUAAUGGAUCUGCUGCUGACUGCCAGGAAGCGGACGUCAGGCUGCUUUGGUGCCAGGAUGGACCGCAUUGGGAAUGCAAGCGGUUUGGGCUGCAACAAUGCCAGAGGCUAGGCUGACUCCUGUAGAACACGUGCAGGAGCAUUUCCUCAAUAAUCAACAAAGAUGACAAAUUGAAUAUA